AUGUCACGUAUCAUUGUUAUUCAUUUUGCUGCCUUGCUUCUUCUGUUCUUGUUCGGAUUGGGAACUUUAGCAAUGAAGGGCGACAGAAUUGAAAUGUUGGAUGGUUCACAUAAAAGACUUUCAGCCAAGGCAAAUACUCCUAACCCUAAUCUGGACAAUCUUUCGGUGCAUGGAAAAAAAGUUGAGAAUCUUCUGACAAAGCAUGAUAAAAGCACAGUAGUACACGACAGAGUUUUCGAGUCUUGGUGGAAUCAUGCCGAUGCAGAAAAUAAUCGCAAUCGUGAACACUCAACAAUGAACAUGCACGCCGAAGAGAUUGAAUCACAUGAGAAGAAGAAAAAAUCAAUCAUAGGUCGAGUGCGUUCAAAGAUACCUAUUCUCUCAAAGAAAGAUGAGCAAAAGGGGAUCGCUUUACAUCAGAAAUUCAAUCAUGCUAAGCAAAAAAAGGAUAAGUAUAGACAAGUGAUGCGAGAAGUUGCAUCAGAUGCCGCAAUUCAUCAUAAAGCGGGUAAUUUCGUGGACCAUGACGUGCGAUAUGUGACACAGAUGAACUUUGAUAAUUCUUCUGAGCUAGGCUAUCGAAGUGAUGGACGUCAUGUUACAACUGCUCCAAACUCUCCGCCUGGCUCGCCAAAACUUACGAGAAGCGGCUCAGGAUCGUCUCGCAAGACCGUUGGUACCUCUACCUGA